GAAACAGCAAGAGAAAGACUUGCGCAGCAGGAGCUCAUGCUUCUCUGUACACAGCCGGUACGGGCGAGUAUGGUGACCCGUAUGCACAACUCUCCACGAAUGGCGAGGCUUUGACAUUUGGUGGAAAUUUUGAGAUACAUCAGGAAAGCAGCACACGAGCAGUCCAACACCCUCAUACGAGGCAUCUGACAUGAUCCUGCUCCUGAGAUCGGCAAGGAACACCUGUCAGGCCUCGAAGCUUCCCUUAUUCGCACGGGCUCCAGCCAGGAUAGCGACUUCCAGAUUUUCCACUAAACCGGAGUCAUCACUACUCUCAAAAAUGGCCAACGACCAUAUUUUAACGCUAUCAUGCCCGGACAAACCUGGGAUCGUCCACGCCGUGACCGGCAUAUUCGCAAAGUACAGUCUCAACAUUCUUGACCUGCAACAAUUCAGUGACCGAGACUCCGAGAAAUUCUUCAUGAGAGUCCAUUUCGGCCCAACCGAAGACACAGCAUUCCUACAACCCUCCUUUACCUCUCUGGCCAACGAUAUCAAGAUGGACUACGAUUUAAGACCGGUCGCACAAAAGCCCAAAGUGCUAAUCAUGGUCUCCAAGAUCGGACAUUGCCUGAACGACCUGCUCUUCCGUCAAAAGACAGGCCAACUCGCCAUCGACAUCCCAGUCAUCGUCUCCAACCAUCCAGACUUCGAGCCCCUUGCCAAAAGCUACAACAUCGAUUUCCACCACCUGCCCGUUAACAAGGACACCAAGGCCGACCAAGAGAACAAGAUCCUCGAGCUAAUCAAGCAGAAUGACAUCGAGCUGGUAGUCCUGGCGCGGUACAUGCAAGUGCUGUCGCCGAAGCUGUGCGCAGCCAUGUCCGGCAAAAUCAUCAACAUCCACCACAGUUUCCUGCCGUCGUUCAAGGGCGCGAAACCCUAUCACCAAGCCUAUGAGCGCGGCGUCAAGAUCAUCGGGGCGACCGCACAUUUCGUCACGGCCGACCUUGAUGAAGGCCCCAUCAUCGAACAACGCGUGGCUCGCGUCGAUCACGCCAUGACGCCCAAAGAGCUUGUCGACGAAGGCAGCAAUGUCGAAAGUCAAGUCCUCGCCUCGGCCGUCAAAUGGUGGUCCGAGCAGAGGGUGUUCCUGAAUGGCCACAAGACCGUUGUCUUCAAUUGAUCUUUGUUAUGUGCCAUAUGAAAUCCUUCGAUGAGAAUGUAGAUAUACAUGUUGGGUAUGAGAUGGAUCUAGACCACAG